UCUCGUCGUCGGAGUACAAAACAAACCGCUAGCUGAGCGCCACCGUGCCGUAGCCGACCAAGUUACAUCAUUUCCAAAGUAGCCGUCGUCGUCGUCGUCGUCGUCGUCGUCGUUGUCGACGCAAUCGUAAUAGCUUAGAAGCUAGAAUCACUUUUCGGAAGCCCCAUUCAAGUUCACAGUUGGCCGCAAGCGCAACCGUCGAAAGGAGGAAGCAGCUGCCCAGUCAGUGUGAAGUGAAGGGAAGGGUCACCAUAUCGCCAACACUCUGUCUACAGUCAGUCGUGUGUUUACACUCCCAUGAACAACACAGUCGACGACAGCGACAAUAAUACUUAGCAUCCAGCUCCGUAGCUCCAUAGUGCGCGCUCUGGCCCUGCCCCAACAUAGCUUUCGAAGAGCUGGAAGUCGGUGGAAAGGGACUGGCUGCCUGCGUGAGGAGAGUGUGUGCCGGGUAUUCGCAUUCAAUUAGCCCUUUUUGACGACAGGCGACCUCCACUAUAUUAGUUCGUCGUAGAAUUUCGAAGAGCCUCAACCGACUGACGACUAUCCGCGCCGUGGACUUGUGUCUCUCGCGGUGGUGUUUGUGGUUGUUGUUUGUCAACGAAAUUGACGAGACGAAGACGAGUCCCUCGCGGGCGGUCGUGUGGAAAAGUCCCAUAAAAAGCCGAAAAAAAUUAGGCGCGCGCGUCUUCCUCCGUUCCCAGUGUUGUGCGGGUGGUUAUUUUAAGAAAGGCAGAAGUGGAAGAAAAACAUUCUUUUCGGUUCAGUAUUUCGCGCGAGGCGAGUCAGUGAUAAGUUACAACUAGUUUGCGGCGUGGUUCUAGGCGAAAGGUUCGCGCUUAUCAAUCAAUUCCCCUCUACGUUCGAGUUUUGCUUAUCAGUUUGCUGCGAAGGGUGGAGAAAGCCGGCGGAAAGUGUUCGGGGUUUUGGCGAGUGCUCUUAUCGAACCGCUCAACCUGACACCGCGACGACGCGACCUGAUGCCCUACGGUUACAACGAAGGUGCCAAUCGAGUGUAGUGGUCGCAUUCUUGUUAUUUUUUCGCUUUCUGCGUAAUAUCAUCGUCGUACUGUGAUAGUGCCAACAGUAGAUCAUUCUCCGAGAAUUUCAAGGUCGACGAUAUGUUCCCUUUGUUGUGUUGAAGAAGAGACAACGUUCUCCGAUACGCGCAGACUGCGGGAUCAGUUGUGUAGUGUGAAGAAGUGCCAAGCUUCCGCAUAGUUCUUGAAAUACGAAGAAGAAGAUGGUGAACAGAAAAAUGUCCGCACUAGGUCAUCAGGUGAACAUGAACAACUUCCUGUCGCUGCUGGUGGGUGCUUCCCUGGUGGCGGCCAACUCGUCCCCAAACCAUGAUCUGACCUCAUUCUCCCAGCCGACCGAGUUCUCCAACGGUGUAUCGUCCUUUGCCCUCCCGGCCGAGGACCGUAUGGCGUUCGACAGCUAUACCCUAGCCUACCUAAACUAUUCCUACGUCGACAGCAACGGGUUGGAAAUGUCCGAAGGAGAACUCAUCGGCAAGUUCGGAGAAGGGCGAGUCCUCAACAGGUCCGGUCUCUUGGUGCAUGUCACCAAAUCGGACGAUCCGAACGAACAUCGCGGGUGCUCCAAGGAUUGGAACGGAACCAAGGGUCAGCCACUGCCCCCGAACGGUGUCAAGUGGAUAGCGCUGAUUCUCCGCGGAAACUGCAACUUCGAGGAGAAAGUCAAGCAUGCCUACACGCACGGAGCCGCCGGGGUUAUCAUCUACAACGAUAAGGACGACCCGCGGUUGGAUAAAAUGAAGAUUAACGACAAAGAACGAAACAUCACCGCCGUCUUCACGACCAAGGCCAAGGGUCACGAGUUGAUCGACAUUCUGGAACGCUUGGGCUACAACGUAACGAUCGAAAUCAUCGAAGGAAGUCGCCACAUCCGAUCCCUAGCCAACAUCAACCGAACAUCGGUCCUGUUCGUGUCGGUUUCAUUCAUCGUUCUGAUGAUCAUCUCGCUGGUGUGGCUGGUGUUCUACUACGUGCAGCGGUUCCGGUAUUUGCAAACCAAAGAUAAACAAUCGAGGCGACUGUGCAACGUAGCGAAACGAAUCAUUGCCAAAAUUCCAACCAAGAGUAUUAAAUCAGAUGACAAGGAAAUCGACAACGAUUGUUGUGCCAUCUGCAUCGAGCCAUACAAAGUAACGGAUGUGAUACGCGUUCUUCCCUGCAAACAUGAAUUCCACAAGACCUGCAUCGACCCGUGGCUGCUCGAGCACCGCACCUGUCCGAUGUGCAAGAUGGACAUCCUCAAGCAUUACGGCUUCGUGUUCACUGGUAGUCAGGAGAGCAUCCUUCAGCUGGACUUGGACAUGGAGGAAGGUGACUUGAUUGACGAUCACAGCAGUACCGACGGCGGAUAUCAGCGUAGACAUAGUGUCAGUCCACUGCCACAGAUAAGAUCUUCCAAUGAAAAUCGGUUAUCACGAAGCUCCUCAGAAUCGGAGUCGGACAACGAGCAUCAACCAUCCGCCAGUCGAAUUCAUUCCAACAGACAAUCGAUGACUCGCCGGGACAGUGCGACAUCCGGUGGCGGCGGCUGUGGAGUGACCGCUGGUGCUGUAGCUGUUUGCACCGAUUCGGAUCGCCAUCUGGACGAGAACAACAUUUGCGUCGGUUGUUUAGCAGCAGCGCUGAACAAGAAGAAACACAACAUGGAGAGCACGUUCCCGCAGGACGAUGCCGAUAGUGAUACCUUCUCCACCGGACCCCACGGUUCCUCGAGUCUUCCGGCCACACUAAAAAAGUACAAAGGCAACCACUCGACCGGUUCUUGCCGCGGUAUGAAUCCACCGGACCACUACCACCAGCACAUUCCUCAGCAGUCCCAGUCGAAGCUUCCGUUCAAGUUCUACAAAACCGACCAUAGUCAGGUACGCAAAGUACGCACCCCACUCAAAAACCUCAUCUCCCAGUCGGUAUCGGCACCCUGCGACGACGGUUCACUGACCAACAUCAACCUCGGCACGGAGGUGCACGACGAGUGUUCCGACGUUCCAGCCCCCGCCGCGGCCAAACAACCGGCACGUCGUUGCUCGCUCUCCCGGACAUCUUCCAGUGGUUCGGAGUCACGAAACUUUGCUCACCUCCACCAGCACCACCACCAACAUCAUCAUCAUCAUCACGAAAAGCCGCAUGGCGACGGCGAUGAUCCGGAACACGAUGACGAUGGUUCGGACGAAACCGAACCGAACAGUGACAACGAUCUGAUCGCCAACAAAAGCAGGGACGACAGCGAAGCCGAGUGCAAGAAGAAGUGAUAAAAGUGAUAUUAGGAUAAAGAAAUGAGAAUUUUUUGAAAUUGUAACCUAGUGAAAACCGAUUUGCGCGUUUUCUUUUUAAUUUAUCUCAAUACUGUAGUUGUAGGUCCUGA